UUGCAGAACCAUCAGUUAAUCUUUAGGCUACCAUGGAAAUAUUAACGUCCCUCUUUAGUGUUCCGACCCUCAAGUUUGUGUUCAUAUCAGUGUUUUUCUCUUGGUUGCAUGUAAUGUUAUGUAAAAUCUGCAAAGCACCAAAAUUGCCAGCAGAUGGCCCCCCAACAUAUCCUAUACUCGGCUGCUUGAUUUCCUUCUAUAAAAACCGCCAUCGUUUGUUAGAUUGGUAUACGGAGCUCCUCACAGAAUCAGCCACAAAUACAGUUGUCAUCAACCGGUUCGGUGCUCCAAGAACUAUCGUGACAACAAACUCUAAGAAUGUUGAAUACGUGCUGAAAACCAACUUCAAUAAUUUCCCUAAAGGCAAGCCUUUCACUGAAAUACUAGGUGAUUUUCUUGGCUACGGGAUAUUCAAUGUGGAUGGUGAGCUUUGGCGGAUGCAAAGGAAGUUAGCAAGCCAUGUUUUCAGCACCAGUUUUUUGAGAGAAUUUAUGAUGAGUACAUUGAAGGACGAGGUCGAAAAUAAUUUGUUACCUUUGUUAGAGUCAUUAGCUGAGACAUCAGAAGUGGUGGACCUGCAGGAGUUGCUAAAAAGACUUGCGUUUAAUAUGAUCUGCAAGGUCUCGUUAGGGGUGGAUCGUUGUUGUUUAGAUCCUUCUCAGCCUGUUUCGCCUCUCAAUGAAGCUUUCGACACGGCAUCAAAGAUAUCCGCCAAGCGUGGAGCAGCUCCUUUGUUCUUGGUUUGGAAGGUUAAGAAAUGGGUUGGGGUCAGAUCAGAGAAACGGCUCAAGAAUGCCGUGGAGGAAGUCCGUACAUAUGUUGAGGGAAUCAUUCGUGGCAAGAAGAGAAAGAUUGAUGAAAGUGGAGAGAAUCAUGGUGAAGACCUCUUGUCAAGGUUGAUAUCAGCAGGCAAUGAUAAGGAAGUGACAAGAGAUAUGGUCAUAAGCUUCAUCAUGGCAGGAAGGGAUACAACUUCAGCAGCAAUGACAUGGCUCUUCUGGUUGCUUUCCUGCCAUCCAGUUAUAGAGAAAGAGCUUGUGAAAGAGAUAAACAAUAGGGAGAAAAUCUUGUUAGAUUAUGAAUCAUUGAAUAAGGAACUUAAAUUGUUAAAAGCAUCUCUUUGUGAAUCCAUGAGGCUUUAUCCACCAGUGCCCUGGGACUCCAAGCAUGCCAUGGCGGAUGACUUGUUGCCUGAUGGCACUCCGGUCCAGGCAGGAGAUAGGGUGACCUAUUUUCCCUACGGAAUGGGGAGGAUGGAAGCAUUGUGGGGGGAAGACUGGUAUGAAUUCAAACCAAGCCGAUGGUUUGUCGAACCAACAAGCUACCAUGAAGGAUCACUAAAGAAGGUUUGUCCAUACAAGUUCCCAGUUUUUCAGGCCGGUCCAAGAGUUUGUCUUGGGAAGGAAAUGGCUUUCAUUCAGAUGAACUAUGUGGCGGCUUCCAUACUUAGACAGUUUGAAAUCAAACUGGUUGUUUCAGAAAAGCCAGUCUUCAUGCCACUCUUGACAGCUCAUAUGGCUGGAGGACUAAAGGUUGUGAUUCAGAAAAGAGAUCAUUCAAGAUAAAAAGCAAAAAUUAGUGAUUCAAUGUAAGAUGCUAAUAUGCCAUUAUGUUUCAUCUGUAUUAUAGUUAGGAGAAAAUGCUUAGCUAAAACAAACACAUAAUAUAAAAUCUUCAUCAAAUAUUUAAUCAUAA